AUGUCUCUCUAUGACACAGUCCUGGGGAUCAUCUUCUUUUCUCAGACUGGAGUUGGGGUCCUGGGCAACUCCUUAUUCCUCUGCCUUUAUGUCUGGACUUUGUCCAAUAGCCACAGGUCAAGGCUAUUGGACCAUAUUCUGGUCCAACUAACACUGACUAACACCAUAGUGCUCCUGUCUAAGGGAUGCCUAGUAAAUUUCUAUUUUGGGAACAUUUACUUCCUGGGAAACCUAGAUUGUAAAAUGGUGUUUUACUUCCAAAGGGUGAGCCGAGGCCUUGCCGUCUGCACCACGUGCCUCCUGAGUAUCUUCCAGGCUGUCACUAUUAGUCCCAGCAACUCUAGGUUGGCCAGAUACAAAGUCAGAGUUCUGAAGCUCAUCAGACCCUCAUGUCCCCUCUGCUGGAUAUUCAACAUGAUCAUAGAAGUAAACGUACCCAUAUACAUUACAGGAUCAAGGAGGAUCAACAGCAGCCACACAGAUGGAUUUGAUAUGGUUUAUUGCUACUGGGAAAAGGUGUUUAAGGAGGUGAUCAUCCUGCCCUCCCUGAGAGAUAUCCUCUGUGUAGGAGGCAUGGUCUGGGCCAGUGGCUACAUAAUUGUUCUGUUAUACAGACAUCAACAGAAAGUCCGGCAUAUACACAGCACGAGUCUCUCCCAGAAGACGUCUCCAGAGAUCAGGGCCACCCAAACCAUCCUGCUGCUGCUGAGCAUCUUUGUUUCUGCUUACUGCAUCAACUGUGGCUUCACACUGUAUAAGGUGUAUGCGACUCAUUCUGGUGACUGGUCGGUGGUUGUGUCUACAUUCAGUGAAUUGUGUUUCCCAACCAUCAGCCCCUUUUUGCUGAUUCACAGGGACACUCAGAUCUUCAGGUCCUGCUGUGCUCCCUGGUGGAAGCCAAGUCUCCGUUCUUAG